UCCAGCCUCAUCGGUUCAUUUUCGGCAUGGGUAUGUGGAAGGCACAAUAAGAGUCGACCUGAUGCAAAUAGGCAUCCAUCAUGCAUUAACGCCUCAGGGGCCGAGCAGACAUGCUGGGUGAAAGCCAGACUGCUGGUGCAUCGUGCAUCCAAAGAAAGCCAUCGGCUAUGUGUACCGUCGCACUGCCAGCAUUCGCACUCGCAUCGGCAUUCGCUUCCGCAUCGGCAUUCGCAUCUUAUUCGCUCAUGCACUUGUGCACCCAUAUAUCCAGGCUUCAUGCGUCCGUAGGGCGCAGUUCGCACUCUCUGACAGUAAAUGGUAAUCUGGGUUGUCGACACUUCCGAUGCAUGCGUCGAACCCUGCCUGGCCCCGUUGGGGCGUGUGACGCAACAGCGCUUGCGGAACCGAAGCCAACUAUAAUCAACGUCUGUAAGGCUUUAGGAUCACUAUGCUUCUGUUAAGAAAGUACUUAUGAAAACUCAGGGCUAGGCUGUGAUGGCAUGAUAACGGCUGGUACCCUAGGCUCUAUUUGGGUACUUGUGCGACCUGCGGGACGAA